AUGUCCAGGGAGGUAAAGCUUCUCAAGGAAAUGGUCUCGGACGACGGUUCUCUCGGUGACAAAGUUAGCGAUAAAGAUCUUUCUCCGGAUACGGGAAAAGUUCCUGUGGGUGCUCCCGUGGAGAAAAGCCGUGGUAAUCUUUGGGGGAGAUGGAGCGUCAAUCUUGACAGUGUCGCCACCCAACCUUCUGUGUUCGAUGACACGGUCACCCUGGAAGCUUACCGACCCCCACCGCAGUACGAAAAUACACAUCGGUUUGAUCCAGGUGCACGAUGGACGUGGAGGGAGGAGAGACGUGUUGUCCGCAAGGUUGAUCUUCGUAUCAUGAUAUGGGCAGCGGUUAUGUUUUUUUCUUUGGACCUUGACCGUGCGAAUAUCUCUCAAGCCAACACCGACAACUUCCUGGACGACCUCAACUUGACAACGAAUGACUUCAAUCUUGGAAACUCACUUUUCCGGAUCUGUUUCCUAAUCGCUGAGUUACCAUCACAGCUCAUCUCUAAACGCGUUGGACCAGAUGUUUGGAUACCGACACAGAUUACGCUGUGGAGUGUUGUAGCAUUUAGUCAAUUCUGGCUCAGUGGUCGCGGGACGUUUCUGGCUUUCCGCUGCCUGGUCGGUUUCCUUCAGGGAGGCUUCAUCCCAGACGUCGUCUUGUACCUAUCCUAUUUUUACACGAAGUCAGAGUUGCCGAUCAGGCUUGCGUUCUUUUGGGUUUCCAACUAUCUCGCUGAUAUAAUCAGCGCCUUCCUUGCGACAGGAAUCCUCAAAAUGCGAGGUAUUGGUGGACGAUCGGGUUGGCGAUACUUGUUCCUCCUUGAAGGAUUGUUUACUCUGUCUGUCGGACUUAUUUCAUUCGCCAUGAUGCCUGCCGGUCCAACUCAGACAAAAGCGUGGUUUAGACCAAAGGGAUGGUUCACGGAGCGCGAGGAGGUUAUUAUGGUCAACAGAAUCCUUCGCGAUGACCCCUCGAAAUCAGACAUGCACAACCGGGAGGGACUUUCUCCCAAAAUGAUCUGGCAAGCACUGAAGGACUGGAGACUAUGGCCAGUUUAUCUUCUUGGACUUGUGCACAUGAUGCCGGUGGGACCUCCUCAGACAUACCUUACCCUUUCUUUGCGCAAUCUCGGGUUCAGCACGACAGAAGCAAACUUUCUCUCUAUUCCUUCCACCGUCAUUGGAAUGUCAAUGUUGGUUUUCACCGCGUAUCUCAGCGAAAUAAUCAACAGUCGAGUGGUCGCUACUGUCGUAUUACAAUUGUGGGCGUUACCGCUUCUUGUCGCACUAUACACAUUUGACUCCAAAACUUCGCAAUGGGUCUAUUACGCCGUUGUAACGCUCAUCACCGGAUUCCCUUAUGUCCACCCUAUUCAAGUCGCUUGGGUAUCGAGGAACUCUCAUAGUGUUCGGACUAGAACGGUAUCGGCAAGGUGA